AUGAGUAUAUUUGGAGGAACCUUUGGCCAGUCUUCAUUGUUUGGAUCACCAAUGAAUGCAGCCAACUCCAACCCAAUGAAAGAUUUUGAGGUGAGUUCUCCACCCGAUGACAGUGUAAGCUGCCUCAAAGUUCAGCCCAGGACACUCCCGUCAACAUUUCUUGUGGCUGGUAGCUGGGAUAAUAAUGUGAGGUGCUGGGAGGUUCAGCAGAAUGGGCAGACUAUACCCAAGGCCCAGCAGACACAUACAGGACCAGUUCUAGCCGUCGACUGGAGCGAUGAUGGGACCAAAGUGUUCACAGCCUCCUGUGAUAAAACAGUCAAGAUGUGGGACCUCAACAGUAACCAGGCCAUGCAGAUCGCACAGCACGAUGCUCCAGUGAAGACGGUUCACUAUAUUAAAGCUCCCACCUACAGUUGUGUCAUGACCGGAAGCUGGGACAAACUCUUGAAGUUCUGGGACACAAGGUCCUCAACUCCAAUUCUAAGUAUACAGUUGCCAGAACGGGUUUAUUGUGCAGAUGUGAAAUACCCAAUGGCAGUCGUUGGGACUGCAGGACGGCAGAUCAUCGUCUACCAGUUGGACGUCCAGCCGCAGGAGUUCAAGAGAAUGGAAUCUCCACUGAAAUACCAGCACCGGUGUGUCAGCAUUUUUACCGACAAGAAAACAAAUGCGCCAACUGGCUUUGCCCUGGGCAGUAUAGAAGGGAGGGUAGCCAUACAGUACGUGAACCCUGCCAACCCGAAGGAUAACUUUACAUUCAAGUGUCAUCGGUCCAAUGUGGCCCCUAGUGGUGGUGUCCAGGAUAUUUAUGCAGUGAAUGACAUCUCAUUCCAUCCUGUCCAUGGAACUUUAGCGACUGUGGGAUCCGAUGGGCGCUUUAGUUUCUGGGACAAAGAUGCCAGGACAAAGCUGAAGACAUCGGAACAGUUUGAUUUGCCCAUUACCACAUGUUGCUUCAAUGCCCAGGGCAACAUCUUUGGUUAUGCUUCCAGUUACGACUGGUCGAAGGGUCAUGAAGGUUAUGAGCCUCAGAAGAUGAAGCCCCACAUCUUUAUGAGAUCGUGCUUCGACGAGCUUAAACCAAGCACAAAGAGAGCAUAA